CAAUUUAUUUAUCGCAUUAAUGUUUAAUAUCCUUAAUUUGAUUUGUUAUAGCAUUAAGGAGAAGAGGGUGUUGUUCAUACGUUUGAUCCUGAGUAUCCCAAACAAACUGAAAUUAUAGCUCCUCUCUCGCGUUCUCGUUCUCUCACACCACACCACAUCGCAGUCUUCACCCGCACAAACAACAAAACCCUAUUUUUUCUAUUUCCACACUCUCUCUGUCUGUCUCUCUCAAUCAACGCCAUUCCGUUUUUCUCCAAAAUCACACUCCUCUAUUUGCCCCUAAACUCUUCGUCUUCCGUUUUCUCUCUGCUCCGCAUUCGCACAAUUGCCUAUACCGCUGCUACGUUGAGGCGGUUAUUGAAACGGUUGCGUCUCGGUAUCCUCGUCAAUCACUUGCCAAUACCGCUUCUAGGGUUAGUUUCUUCCCCUCUCUUUCUUUCGCUUUCUAAUUCCCCGAAAAUUUCCCCUCUAUCUGUAACCCUAGCUUCGGGAGGAUUUUUUCCCCUCACGUGCGUGUCUUUUUAGGGCUUCUUUUCUCUCGACGCCUUUUUUCGGGGUUCCACACUGUCCUUUUUUAAUUUUGGGCGUUGCUUCGAUUCUUGGUCGUGAACUGUUUGAUGGUUUGAUUUUUAGAGUUGUACCAUUGUCUCCGUAGUUGUGCUUUUGGUGCGGGGAUCGAUUUCUUUUCGAGAUUUUUACCCUGUGUUGAUGGUGCGACUCUGAAUUUUUGAGGUUUUAUGCGAAUCCAUCUUCUUCUUUUUUCUGCUUAAGAUGGAGGCGUAGAUAAGGUUUUCCCACACGGCAUUGUCUUUUGUUUCAAGUCACGUGGUCCCCGUGACGGUAUCUGAUGUUUAGGCGCUUUCAUUGAUUGGGGAAUAGAGGAAACAGUGUCUGUUUGUGGUUCCAUUUCAGUUUAUUAUUGUUGGAGAAGUUACCGGUAUUCUGUUUUUUUGCGUCGAAAAAGGGCCAAAAAGAUUGGGGGCUGUUGCUUCUGUGAAGAUAACCUGCUGUUACUGAAUUGCUGGAAGAUACCGGUUUGUGGAUUAACCUAAUUUCUUGGUGGAAUCGCUCCAAGUUUCACUUGGAACAGUUUUCUGUUUAGGCAAGUUAUUCUUGACUAGUUUUUGGUAUCUAUAAGAUUGAAAGAAGGAUGACAGAUGUGAGUUAGAGUCGGUAGUUUCGAAUUUGAGUGCAACAGUAUUGUUUUAGGGGAAGGACUGGUGAAGAAGGUGCACUUGCUUUUUUUUUAGUGAAGUCUGAUGAUGUUCAGUGUUAGUUAUGGCCAAAAGUGAACCUACAUUAGUCCCAGAAUGGUUGAGAAGUGCUGGAAGUGUUGCUGGGGGUGGCAGUUCAGCCCACCAUUUUGCAGCUCAAUCUAAUCACUCCGGUAUUUUCACUGCCCUGAAAUAUUCUUCUAAUGUUGCCCAUCACACAAGGAAUAGAUCAUCUAAGUCCACUAAUGAUUUUGAUAGCCCUCGUUCUGUGUUUCUGGAACGAACAUUUUCUGCAAAUUCUUGGAGGAGUAUCAAUGGUUCUGCCAAGCAUGCCUAUAGUAGUUUCAACAGAAGUCACCGUGAUAAGGACCGUGAUAGAGAGAAAGAUAGAUCAAAUUUUGUAGACCACCGGGAUCGUGAUUGUUCUGAACCAUUUUCUGACAUCUUUCCUGGAAGGAUAGAGAGAGACACUUUACGGCGUUCUCAUUCAAUGGUUUCCAGGAAACAGAAUGAGAUUUUGACCCCCCGAGUUGCAGUAGAUACCAAAUCUGGUGGCAAUAGCAACCAGAAAAGCAGUAAUGACUUACUUUCUGGCAGUAGUAUUGGUAUUAGUGUUCGGAAAGCUGUUUUUAAUAAGGAUUUUCCAUCACUUGGAGCUGAAGAGAGGCAGGGCAUUACUGAAAUAGGGAGAGUUUCAUCUCUUGGUUUGGGUGCUACUGCUAGUCAAACUCUACCUGUUGGCAGUUCAACUUUGAUUGGUGGGGAGGGAUGGACAUCUGCUCUAGCUGAGGUACCAACUUUAAUUGGAAGCAGUAGUACCGGAUCUCUAACGUUGCAACAAACUGUUUCUCCAACUUCUGGGUCUGUACAUACAAGUACAUCAUCUGGUCUUAACAUGGCUGAAGCUUUGGCACAGACUCCAUCUCGAGCUCGUUCGACUCCCCAGGUGUCUGUCAAAACCCAAAGGCUUGAGGAACUGGCUAUUAAGCAGUCAAGGCAGUUGAUUCCAGUAACACCAUCAAUGCCUAAGGCUUUGGUUAAUAAUUCUGAGAAAUCAAAACCCAAGACAGCAGUCAGAAAUGCUGAGAUGAAUAUGGCCGUCAAGAACAUGCCGCAACAACCCUCUGUUUUGCACAUUGUUAAUCAUUCUGUUCGCAGUGGAAAUGCCAAAGGUGAUGCUCCGAAAACAUCUGGAAAAUUUACUGAUCUCAAAUCAGUGGUGUGGGAAAAUGGUGUUUCCCCUACACCUAAGGAUCCUUCAAGCCAAACAAAUCACACUAACAGUAGAACUGGAAAUAAUCUUGCUGUUGCUUCAGCAGCUGCUUCUACACCUUUGAAGAAGACCAACAACAUCAAAUCUCCCACAGAGCGAAAGCCAACUUCUUUGGAUCAGAAACUAGGGUCCACUAUGGAUAAGAAACAUUCUAUUUCUCAAGUGCAGAGCCGGAAUGAUUUCUUCAAUCUCAUUAAGAAGAAAACUCUGAUGAACUCCUCAGUUCUUCCAGAUUCUAGCCCGGUGGUUUCAUCUCCCACAAUGGGCAAAUCUGGUGAAGUGAAUACAGAAGCUCUUGGCUCUCCUGCAAGUCCUCAAGAUCUUCGAAAUGAUGCUGAAGUGAUUUGCCAUGGUAAUGCCCAUGUAGAGCUUAACAAACCCGAUUAUGACCGGAAUGAUACAAUUCUUGAUGAGGAAGAGGCUGCAUUCCUUCGUUCACUUGGCUGGGUGGAGGAUUCUGGUGAGGAUGAGGAAGGCCUUACAGAAGAGGAGAUCAAUGCCUUCUAUCAGGAGUGUAUGAAGUUGGGCACCACCAGAUUAAAGCUAUGCCAGGGCAUGCAGCCAAAGUUGUCCAAGUUUUCUGAAUCUUAUGCUACGACUAACUUGCAUGGAGCUUCUGCUGAAUUGAGUUCUGACUCGAGAUCUGAAGCUUGAUGCCCGGUUCUGUCAUGGAUAGAUCCAAGUUUCAUUUUUUUAUGGCAAAUGGCUAGUAACAUUCUUCCCUUUUGUUUUUAAAGAAGGCUGAUCACUUGGGAGUGAAAGAAGUGGGUGGGUUUUGGUCGGAACCCUGCAUUUUGCAAAUAUUGCAAUAAGUUACAGGUGUCUCAAUCCCGCCUGCUUAACAGGGAAUUUUUUUUUCUUAUUUUCUUUUGGGUUAAAAGUUAUAGGUUGGUGGUUGGGUAUGGGUAGGGGUAGGCUAGGGGCUCUUUUGUCUGCAGUGGAAGGUGCUGGGCAAUUGCAUCUUUUGGGGUAUUUUGAUCCUUUUUUUCUUUCAAGAGGGUUUGAUUCUACAUGAUAAAGUUUAUGAUGUUUUUGGUCAAUUUUACAAAAAAAAAAAGGAAAUUAAAAGCUUCUAAUUUUAGAGUAUGUUGAUAUUGCUAUUCUUGGUAGUGUGAUCUUUCUUUCCAUGCUGGGACCUGUCUCGCAUAUGUAGUUGAGAUGAAUAAGUCGAGAUUAGGCAAAUGCAAGCCGGCAUUAAGAAAAAAACAAAAGUAGAGAAUAAGUACUUGUUAUAUCAAAAAA